AUAAAAAGGUGGAGGAUGUUUUUUAAUUGAUUAAAUGUUGCAAGGUGAGUGCUCACGUUUCGAGACGCUCUACAGGAUCCGUUAUACUGAAUCAUUGUGUUUGAAAUUUCCAUCCAGAGUCAGUGGUUUAGAUCAGAUUCUGUUUCAACUGCUCGGCUCCAUCAUGGAUGACACACAAACAUUCAGAGAUGAAGAUAUUUCUCAAGGAUGCAGUUCAGUUCAUCAAACGAGAUCAGAACCAGAGCCCAGCUGUGUGUCUAUAAGGAGUGACAGGUCUAUGGAUCAUAUAAUAGAGUUAAAGAGUGGAGAUACACAGCCUGAUCUCAGUUCAGUUCAUCAAACGAGAUCAGAACCAGAGCCCAGCUGUGUGUCUAUAAGGAGUGACAGGUCUAUGGAUCAUAUAAUAGAGUAUAAGAGUGGAGAUACACAGCCUGAUCUCAGUUCAGUUCAUCAGAGGAGAUCCGAACCAGAACCCAGGUGUGUGUCUAUGAAGAGUGAGAGGUCUGUGGAUCAUCCAGUACAUUUUAAGAGUGGAGAUACAAAGCCUGAUCACAGCCAUGAAGUCCUCAACACGUUUAGAUCAAAUCUGAUAAAGAAGUUUCAGUGUCUCUAUGAAGGAGCAGCACAGCAGGGAAACCCAACACUCCUGAAUGAGAUCUACACAGAGCUCUACAUCACAGAGAGUGAGAGUGGAGAGAUCAGUAAUGCGCAUGAGUUGAGACAGAUUGAGACACAAUCCAGGAGAGUAGCAACAGAGGACACACCGAUCAAAUGCAAUGACAUCUUUAGAGCUUUACCUGGACAAGACAAAGCCAUCAGAACUGUGCUGACAAAGGGAGUCGCUGGCAUUGGAAAAACAGUCUCUGUGCAGAAGUUCAUUGUGGACUGGGCUGAAGGGAAAGCGAAUCAGGACGUCCACCUCAUAUUUCCACUUCCUUUCGGAGAGCUCAAUUUAUUGAAGAACCAAACAUUCAAUCUUCAAGAUAUUCUGCAACUUUUCAUGGGCACAAAACAACUUGAAAUCUCUCCAACUGAAGGUAAAAUCAUUUUCAUCUUCGAUGGUUUGGAUGAGUGUCGUCUGUCUCUGGAUUUCCACAACAACGUGAAGUUGUGUGAUGUGACUGAAUCAGCCUCAGUAGAUGUGCUGCUGACAAACCUCAUUGCGGGGAAUCUGCUUCCCUCUGCUCUCAUCUGGAUCACCUCCAGACCAGCAGCAGCUGAUCUCAUUCCCUCCAAGUGUGUCCAUCGAAUGACAGAGGUACGAGGCUUCAAUGACCCUCAGAAGGAGGAAUACUUCAGGAAGAGAAUCAGUGAUCAGAGUCUGGCCAAUAGAAUCAUCUCACACCUGAAGUCGUCAAGAAGCCUCUACAUCAUGUGCCACAUCCCAGUGUUCUGCUGGAUCUCAGCCACUGUUCUAGAGAAGAUGUUGAGCGAAGCAGAGAGUGGAGAUAUUCCCAAGACUCUCAGUCAAAUGUACACACACUUCCUGAUCCUUCAGACCAACAUCAAACAUGAGAAGGACUAUGAGAAGACAGUGAAAGAUGAAGACAUGAUUCUCAAACUGGGGAAAGUGGCUUUUCAGCAGCUUGUGAAAGGCAAUGUGAUCUUCUAUGAGGAAGACCUGAGAGAGUGUGACAUUGAUGUAACAGAAGCAUUAGUUUACUCCGGAUUGUGCUCUCAGAUCUUCAGAGAGGAGUUUGGCUUGUAUCAAGGGAAAGUCUUCUGCUUUGUUCAUCUGAGCGUUCAGGAGCAUCUAGCUGCUCUAUACGUGCACCUUUCCUGUAUAAACAACAACACAAAUGUGUUUGAUCCAAGCACCAAACAAAGACCACUAUCGAAAGUUUUGAAUUGGUUUCAGAAUAAUUUAUUAUCUGAGCUGCACGAGAGAGCUGUGGAUGAGGCUCUACAGAAUAAAAAUGGACACCUGGACCUUUUCCUGCGGUUUCUUCUGGGUCUGUCAGUGGAGUCUCAUCAAAAUCUCCUACAAGGACUAAUGACACAGACGAGAAGCAGCUCUGACAGCAAUAAAAAAACAGCUGUGUACAUCAAGAAGAAGAUCAGGACCAUUGACUCUCCAGAGAAAUUCAUCAAUCUGUUCCACUGUCUGAAUGAACUGGGUGAUCAUUCACUAGUGGAGGAAAUACAACAGUAUCUGAAAUCUGGAACAAUAAAGGGAGCCAAACUCUCUUCAUCUCAGUGGUCUGCCGUAGCUUUUGUGCUGUUGACAUCAGAGAAGAAGCUGGAUGAGUUUGAUAUUAAUAAGUUUGUUGAAGGAAACAAUGAAACCGAAAAACUGGAAGUUUUUCAGAAGCUGCUGCCUGUGAUUAAAGAAUCCAGAUCAGUUCAGUUGAGGUGUUGUGGUGUCACAGAUGAAGGUUGUGCUGCUCUGGCUUCAGCUCUGAGAUCAAACCCCUCUCACCUGAGAGAUUUGGAUCUGUCUGGGAAUAAAAUAAAAGAUUCAGCCUUGACAUCCCUCUCUGCUGUCCUGGAAGAUCCUCACUGUAAACUGGAGAAACUGUGGUUGAGUUAUUGUGGUGUCACAGAUGAAGGUUGUGCUGCUCUGGCUUCAGCUCUGAGAUCAAACCCCUCACACCUGAGAGUACUGGAUCUGUCAUUGAAUAAAAUAGGAAAUUUGUUGAGUCUGCUCUCUGCUGUACUGGAGGAUCCUCACUGUAAAUUGGAGAUACUGAGGUUGUAUAAUUGUGGUCUUACAGAUGAAGGUUGUGCUUCUCUGGCUUCAGCUCUGAGAUCAAACCCCUCACACCUGAGACAACUGAAUCUGUCUGGGAAUAUAGUAGGAAAUUCAGUGAAUCUGCUCUCUGCUGUACUGAAGAAUCCUCACUGUAAACUGGAGAAACUGUGGCUUAUGUAUUGUGGUGUCACAGAUGAAGGUUGUGCUGCUCUGGCUUCAGCUCUGAAAUCAAAUCCCUCACACAUGAGAGAACUGGAUCUGACUGGGAAUAAACUAGGGAGUUCUAGUGUGAAUUUGCUCUCUGCUGUACUGGAGGAUCCUCACUGUAAAUUGGAGAUACUAAGGUUGAGUGAUUGUGGUGUCACAGAUGAUGGUUGUGCUGCUCUGGCUUCAGCUCUGAGAUCAAACCCCUCACACCUGAGAGUACUGAAUCUGUCUGGGAAUAAACUACAAGAUUCAAGCAUGAAGUUUCUCUCUGCUGUACUGGAGGAUCCUCACUGUAAACUGGAGAAGCUAGAGUUGUGUUAUUGUGGUGUCACAGAUGAAGGUUGUGCUGCUCUGGCUUCAGCUCUGAGAUCAAACCCCUCUCACCUGAGAGUACUGGAUCUGACUGGGAAUAAAGUAGGACAAUCUGAAGUAAAGUUUCUCUCUGAUUUGAAAGGUGAUCCACAUUAUAAACUGGAGGAACUAUACUAUUGACUCUCAGUACUUCGAUGUCAGUCCAGUUUCCUCAGGAUCAGCUGAUGGUAAAUGAGCCACUACAGAGACUGAAGACACAGAGACUGAACUCACUAUUUAAUUUAAUAAUAAAUAAUUUGAUAAUAAAUCCUUUUAUACAUGAAAAUGAGUGAUUUAAAAGCACAAAGUGACAAAAUCAGGGCACUUUCAUUUUAAUCAAGACAUGGUGUAUAUAAGAGAUUUAUUGUGCAUUGUCAUUUAUUAAUAUAACUUUGAAA